ACGUGAAUAACGUUAAUUGUGUCUACUUCAAAUUUCUAUUGCAUGUGGUCAAUUUAAUUUGAUUUUUUAAAUUAAAUGCAUAUUUGCCAAACAUUUGUCUCAUAUAUUCAUCUAUAAUGAUUUCUUUGCUACCAAGAAAAUUUCAUAGUCAAAACCAUUUUACAAAUUUGCUGCUAAGAUUUCAACCAAAUUAUGAUUUUAUACCAAAUCAUGUAUAUGUUCAUGAUAUUGCUGAAACCAAAGAAGGACCAAUUAGUGUCCUGCAGGAUAAAUUAGUAAAAGGAGAGCUAAUGAAAGAUCAACAUCAAAUGAAAGUUGCUGAAACAUUGCAAGGCAUCUAUGAAGAAAUAAAGGGAUAUAAACCAGAAGAAUUUAACAUAUUAGACAAAUGGCUUGGUAGAAAAAGGAAACAACCACCAAAAGGAUUAUAUCUUUAUGGAGCAGUUGGUGGAGGUAAAACAAUGUUGAUGGAUCUUUUCUACCAAUGCUGCCAGAUUGAAAAUAAAAAGAGAGUUCAUUUUCAUUCUUUUAUGGCGGAUGUACACAAUAAAGUGCAUGAAGUAAAGAAAAAUAUUGUAAGAGAUGUUAGUAGUACAAAACUUCAACCAUUUGAUCCAAUACCACCAGUUGCCAAAAGUAUUACCGAAGAAGCUUGGUUACUUUGUUUCGAUGAAUUUCAGGUAACUGAUAUUGCAGAUGCUAUGAUAUUGAAACGAUUAUUUACUGAACUUUUUAAUAAUGGUGUAAUAGUCAUUGCAACUAGUAAUAGAGCACCUGAUGAUUUAUACAAAAAUGGUUUACAACGAGGAAAUUUUAUUCCAUUUAUACAAAUCUUAAAAAAUUAUUGUAUUAUAAAUUCUUUAGAUUCAGGUAUAGAUUAUAGAUUAAAAACAGGACUUAGAGAUGAAAAGAUUUAUUUCAUAAAAGGAAAGGAGGCAACAAGUGAUAAGAUAGAUAAGGUGUUUAAAUUUUUAUGCUCAAAGGAAAAUGACGUUGUGAGGUCAAGAAUUCUUAACAUAAGAGGUCGUAAUGUAACUUUUGAAAGAACAUGUGGUCAAGUGUUGGAUUCAACCUUUGAAGAGUUAUGUGAUAGACCACUUGGUGCUAGUGACUAUUUGGAAAUAAGUCAAGCAUUUCAUACUGUUAUUAUAAGAGAUGUGCCACAAUUAGGUAUUCAAUGUAAAUCGCAAACUAGAAGAUUUAUUACAUUAAUCGACACGUUAUAUGAUAACAAGGUGAGAGUUGUUAUUUCUGCAGUUGUACCACAUACAGAUCUUUUUGUACCAGACACAGAGAAUGAAUAUACAGACGAAAAACGAAUGUUAAUGGAUGAUUUAAAAAUAUCACAUGGCUCAGACGAUCACAAAUCUAAUCUUUUUACUGGAGAAGAAGAACUUUUUGCUUUUGAUCGCACUAUAUCACGACUUUCUGAAAUGCAAACUACACAAUAUUGGGAACAGUGGCAACAUUAUAGAUGA